ACCUGUAUUUGUCAAAAUGGCUCAACUCCUGAGUAGCAUACUCAGUGUGAUCGAGGUGUUUCACAAAUAUGCCAAAGAGAAUGGGGACUGUGCCUUACUAUGCAAGGAGGAGUUGAAACAACUGCUCUUGGCUGAGUUUGGAGACAUCCUCCAGAGACCAAAUGACCCAGAGACUGUGGAAACCAUCUUGAACCUCUUAGAUCAAGACCGAGAUGGACAUGUUGAUUUUCAUGAGUACCUCUUGUUGGUGUUCCAGUUGGUCCAAGCCUGCUAUCGUAAGCUAGACAAUAAGUCAUAUGGAGGCAGGACCUCGCAGCAAGAAAGGGGGCAGGAAGGAGCACAAGACCAUAAGUUCCCAGGAAACACAGGUACACAACACAGACAGAGGCACGAGGAAGAAAGGCAGAACUCCCACCACAGUCAUCAGCCUGAAAGACAAGACAGAGAUUCCCACCACGGUCAGGCUGAGAGACAAGACAGAGAUUCCCACCACGGUCAGCCUGAGAGACAAGACAGAGAUUCCCACAAUGGUCAGCCUGAGAGACAAGACAGAGAUUCUCACCACAAUCAGUCUGAGAGACAAGACAAGGAUUUCAGCUUUGAUCAGUCAGAGAGACAAAGUCAAGACUCCAACUCUGGUUCUGAUAAAAAAGUGAGUCACAAAUCUACCAGGGGCCAGACUAAAUGGCAGGGACAUAUCUUUGCCUUAAAUGGGUGUGAAAAACCAGUUCAGGAUUCUCAUUAUGGUCAGUCUGAAAGACUUGCACAACAGCCUGAAACAUUUGGACAAGACUCUCACUUUAACCAAACAAAUCAACAGAAAUCAGGCUCUUAUUGUGGACAGUCUGGGAGGCUGGGUCAGGAAUUCGGCUGUGGUCAGAUGGACAGACAAGACCAGAGUUAUCAUUAUGGUCAGACAGACAGACAAGACCAGAGUUCCCACUACAGUCAGAUGGACAGACAAGGCCAGAGUUCCCACUACAGUCAGACAGACAGACAAGGCCAGAGUUCCCACUAUGGUCAGACGAACAGACAAGGCCAGUGUUAUCAGUAUGGUCAGACAGACAGACAAGGCCAGAGUUCCCACUACAGUCAGCCAGACAGACAAGGCCAGAGUUUCCACUAUGGUCAGACACACAGACAAGGCCAGAGUUCCCACUAUGGUCAGACAGACAGACAAGGCCAAAGUUCUCACUAUGGUCAGACAGACAGACAAGGCCAGAGUUCCCACUAUGGUCAGAUGGACAGACAAGGCCAGAGUUCCCACUAUGGUCAGACAGACAGACAAGGCCAGAGUUCCCACUAUGGUCAGACAGACAGACAAAGCCAGAGUCCCCACUAUGGUCAGACAGACAGACAAGACCAGAGUUCCCACUAUGGUCAGACAGACAGACAAAGCCAGAGUCCCCACUAUGGUCAGACAGACAGACAAGACCAGAGUUCCCACUAUGGUCAGACAGACAGACAAGGCCAGAGUUCCCACUAUGGUCAGACAGACAGACAAAGCCAGAGUCCCCACUAUGGUCAGACAAAUAGACAAGGCCCGAGUUCCCACUAUGGUCAGACAGACAGACAAGGCCAGAGUUCCCACUAUGGUCAGACAGACAGACAAAGCCAGAGUCCCCAUUAUGGUCAGACAAAUAGACAAGGCCAGAGUUCCCACUAUGGUCAGACAGACAGACAAGGCCAGAGUUCCCACUAUGGUCAGACAGACAGACAAGGCCAGAGUUCCCACUAUGGUCAGACAGACAGACAAGGCCAGAGUUCCCACUAUGGUCAGACAGACAGACAAGGCCAGAGUUCCCACUAUGGUCAGACAGACAGACAAGGCCAGAGUUCCCACUAUGGUCAGACAGACAGACAAGGCCAGAGUUCCCACUACGGUCAGAUGGACAGACAAGGGCAGAGUUAUCAUUAUGGUCAGACAGACAGACAAGGCCAGAGUUCCCAUUGUGGUCAGACAGACAGACAAAGUCAGAGUUAUCAUUAUGGUCAGACAGACAGACAAGGCCAGAGUUCCUGCUAUGUUCAAUCACAGACUGGGGAAAUACAAGGGCAAAAUAAGUACUUCCAAGGGACCGAAGGAACAAGAAAAGCCUCUUAUGUUGAGCAAUCAGGAAGAUCAGGGAGGCUAAGUCAACAGACUCCAGGACAGAAAGGGUACCAAAACCAGGGACAGGGAUUCCAGUCUAGGGACUCACAGGAGAACAUCCACCAGGUAUGGGAGCCUGAAGAGGAUAGCCAACACCACCAACACAAACUCUUAGCACACAUCCAACAAGAAAGACCACUUUGUCACAAAGGGAGAGACUGGCAAUCAUGCAGUAAUGAGCAGGGCCACAGACAGGCCAAGACCAGGCAGAGUCAUGGUGAGGGGCAGAGCCACUGGGCAGAGGAAGAGCAGGGCCAUCAAAGUUGGGAUAGACACAGUCAUGAGGGUCAGGAAGGUCCAUGUGGGACACAGGACAGGCAAACCCCUGAAGAUGAGCAGAACCAUCAGAGACGAGACAGACAAACCCAUGAAGAUGAGCAGAACCACCAGAGACAAGACAGGCAAACCCAUGAAGAUGAGCAGAACCGUCAGAGACGAGACAGGCAAACCUAUGAAGAUGAGCAGAACCACGAGAGACGAGACAGGCAAACCCAUGAAGAUGAGCAGAACUGUCAGAGACGAGACAGGCAAACCCAUGAAGAUGGGCAGAACAGUCAAAGACGAGACGGGCAAACCCAUGAAGAGGAUCAAAACCAUAAGCAACAACAUAAUAGACAAAACUAUGAGGAGAAAGAGAGAUAUCAAGGAUCUCAGAAUCAAAAAUCCCAAGUGACCCAGAGAAGCUGUCCUAACAGAGAAAAAUUCCACAUGAAUGAGGAUGACCAGAGCCAAGGUUCACAGAAAAGACACACUGAGCCAUCCUUCUAUCCAACCCAGAGCAGUGGGAGGCCCCAAAGCAGAGAACAGCGUGGUCACCCUAUCAAGGCAGCUACUGUUCCCAACCCCCUCUAUGACUAUGUGCAAGAGCAGAAAUCCUAUUGAUACUAGUCUAUGUGAGCACCAGAGGUAAAGCAACACAAAGGCAAAAAAGAAACCUAUAUGUUGAGUUCACCUUUAAUUCUACUUAAAAGAUCAAGAAUGUAUUUCUUCCCUCUAUCCUCUGCUGUAUCUACCUGCAAGGAUGUUUUUGAGUACUAGUAUUCAUGUAAGGGCUUUUUGGUUUUUUGAGCAGCAAUUCUAGGGUUUUCUGAUUCAGUGAAAUCUAGGUGGUAAAUUGGGUGAAAUAAUCAUAUCUUAAUGUUGAUCAGUGUGGGUAUUUAAAUCAUUUCCUGCUUUGACUUCUGAGACCUGGUUGAAUCAUUGAAAGGUAGAACAGUAGAACACUUCUCCCUAAAGUUCAGAAACAGAAAAGAUAUUCUGAAGAUUUAUAUUACAUCCAAGGAUAGGAACCAUAGGUUUGGUGAGCUUUGGAUCCUGUGGAUAAAACAUCAGGAAUUUCAAGCCUCAUAGUCUAGACUAGAAUGAAACUCAGUUCAAGGCUGCUAGGAGAGCCGAGAACAUAGAGUGCAUCUCUGAUGUUUACUACAUCUCCCAUGCCAGGCUCUUAUUCCACACCAGAGGGACUGUCCAAUAGUGCCUAUCACUAGAGCUGAAUGAACCCAUUCCAACUCAAUACCUUUCUAGUUUCUGAUUAUACAAAACAGAGAGAAAGUAUAUGUCACAUGUUUGCAAAUUCCAGGGGAUCAGAACUGUUGAUCUAUAGCUCCUAAGACCUGAAAACUCUUCUCAAGAAAAUCUAUGUGCAGAUUAAGAAUUGUAUUAAAAUAUCUAAUAAAUAAUUGAUGAGCAAUGA